ACCCUAUGUGGCCUUGAUGCGGCGUGAUUAGUGAUUAAUACGGCAAGCGUAGCAGUCACGAUGGCGUGCAAUUGUCCAGAACGAAUCCAGAUUGCGUGUCUACAAACCCCAGUCGAUGCAGAGGCACAGGCGGAGUGUUGGGUUGUACGUGUUGGUGAGUGAGGAGAGUGGGCGAGGUUGGAACAUGGGCGGCGGUAAUCAACGCCGGCGAUACCUUUCUCCGGCACCGCAUGAUCCGAGGCCUGAGACUGAUCGCAAUCGCCAUACUCGAACAUGUCGCAACAAGCAAUCGUUCACGCGUAUAGACACCUGUACCGGCAUAGUCUGAGGGCCAUCCAGUUCUCGAAGCCGGCUCGGUAUACAUUGCGCGACCGCAUUCGCUUAGCCUUUCGCAAGGGGUCCGCUGCCGACUAUGAGCCACAGAGAAUCCGCAACACGCUCGAAUUCCUGCAGUAUGCGACCAAAGAGAGUGGCUUGGAACACAAGAUAGUGAAAAACCUGAUGUUCGUAUGGCAUGUACAAGACACCGGAGGUCGCUUAAAGCAUAUCCCAAAAAACCUAACGCGCGACGAGAUCGAGAUUAAGACCACCGUGUACGACACUUUCAAUCACAACAUCCGCAUGCUAAACGAGAGCAUGGGACUAUGCCUUCCAGCCAUGACUGUUCGCGAUCCCAGUUGAGGCGACCCCACUAGGCUGAGAUCAUUCCGAUACAGCCAUUGUCGCACCCCGUGGUAUGCGGGACGCACAGAUACGACAAGGCGCUUACAUGAAGUCAUCGAGGAAGUUUUCAUCGC